AUGCACGAGAAAGGAUAUGCCGAUGUGGAUGUGUCUCCAUCAGACAAGGGGGAAUCUGCGGACUGUAAAGUCGCUGUGGUCUCCUUGGCAGAAAAAAUAGCUUCCAAAGCAUGGUUGUUUGCUGGAUGCUUUGUUGUACUCGCGAUGGCGACUUCUUUUCUCUGGGAGAUUAGCGACAGUGACCAAACCAUUGGAUAUCACCUUUUUGUGUCCCCAAAGUUUGUGACUGAUGGAACCACAUUCUACGGCACAACAGCGGAGGGGAAACUCGUUCGCGUACGCCUGCGUUCGGUGGAGGUGCCAACUUUGAGACAGCCGUAUGGUCGAGAGGCCAGAGAUCAUUUGAAGAGUAUACUUUUGCUCUCAGUGGGUCAGUCUACCGGAGUAUCAUGUUUUGUUGCUUCAGUAGAUGACGUGGGAGGCGUUAUUGCAGAAGUGUUUUUUAACAAUGUACGAGCUUUUGCAUCAUGUGGCAGGGAGAUAGACUCUUGUGCUGCGUCAUCGUUGCCAUCUUAUUUCACCCCCUUGUCCGGUGGGUUUACUGCUGAUUCCAUUGUCAACGUAGGUGACGAAAUGGUUCGCAGCGGCUGGGCUUGGGUAAUAGAUAACGGCUGGACUCGAAAUACAAAACUACAAGCUGCUAUGGAUGAGGCAAAGGUAGCGAAGCGGGGUUUGUGGGGAGGAAACGUCAGUAAAUUUCCGUACCGCCGUUCACCGCAUUCACGGAAGAUCGGAAAGAAACUUACGGAGCAGAGGCAGCCCAUUAGUCGUCGCAGGUUGUUUGCUAGCAGAUAG